UGCUUGAGUUGAACAUGAAUAACACAAAGUAUCUUAUUCUGAAGAUAAGGACACGAGGUUUCAAAAUGGAAAAACAUUACUCCCAAGAUUGCACCAACACAUCGAUCGGCGUUGAAAACAAAUACAUCAUUCCUGACAGCAGCUUCACAGCAUCGUCCGCAUCGUCCGCAUCGUAUCCUUUUGGCCUCCCUUUUAAUGGCAGACUUAAUGCUAGCUUUGGCUGGGCCCCAAAGACAACAACCAAUCCAAACGACUACCUACAGGUUGACCUUGGAUUUCCUUAUGUCAUCUGUGCUGUAACUACACAAGGUAGGGGUAAUGGUGAAGAGUGGGUGACAGAGUACAAGGUCAGCCUUUCGAUGAACGACAAAAACUGGAUGCCGUAUCAAGAGAAUGGCAUCGAUAAGAUAUUUACUGGAAACACAGACCAGAAUUCGUACGUUAAGAAUUCCAUUAUCAGAACCAGAGCACGGUAUAUCAGAUUAUACCCAACGAAAUACAAUGGGUACAAGGUCAUGAGAGUAGGAAUAUUUGGCUUCAAAAAAGGUAUCAUAUUCUUUUAA